AUGCUAAUAAACCAUUUUCUCUGUCCACCAUUUUCUCUUUCUCGCACAAAAGAGACACUUCCAUUGUCCAUCUUUCAUUUAUUUCUUUGCCUCUUCCAAAUUCAUUAUCUCUUUCAGUUCGUUCUUUCAGUAUUUUUUAUUUCGUUCUGUUCGCUUUCCUUCCAUAUUUUCUUUCUUUCUUCCAAAUUCCUUGUCUCUUUUAAUUCGAUUUUUUUAAUUUUUCAUUCUUUUUGCUCUUCUUCAAUAUUCUUUCUUUCUUUCUUUCUUUCUUUCUUUCUUUCUUUCUUUAAAAAGCGUUCGCCUUCCUUCAUUUUAUCUUUUUUCCAGUCGUUUUCUAGUUUCUUUCUUUCUUUCUUUCUUUCUUUCAAAUUCUUUAUCAUUUUCAGUUUGUUCUUUUUCUAUUCUUCAAUUUUUUGCUUUCCUUCAAUAUUAUUUUCUUUCUUUCUUUCUUUCUUUCUUUUUUACAAAGCGUUCACCUUCCUUCAUUUUAUCUUUUUUGCCUUAUUUUCCACUCGUUUUACGGUUUCUUUCUUUCUUUCUUUCUUUCUUUCUUUCUUUCUUUCUUUUAUCUCUCCCUCUCUCGUUCUCUUUUCUCCCUUCAGUCUCAAUCUUUCAUUCAUUUUUCCCCUUUCUAUUCAUUUAGACUUUCUUUCUUGA